UGAUCCGAAACGGAAGACUUGAAGUAGAAUAUUUAAAGAAAGAAACAGCAGAAGAGGGGAAAAAAUACAGAGUCUCAUUCAAAACACAUUUGAGAUGGAAGCCGCUCACAUCAGCCCAGAGCUUCCUAUUCGAUGGGUUGUUUCUGCAGACAGGACUGUUGAGAUCAAGGAGGAAGUGACUGAGCUGGGGUGUGACCAGGCCAAUGAGCGGAUCCUGCAGGAGGAAACGCCACCUUCUAGCAUCACUGAGAGAGAUCCCAAAGAGAGCCAUUCUGUCCCUGAGACUGAAGCACAGGAGGGGCCAAGGAUAGAAGCAGUUUACACACUAGAGGAGUCCUUUGACCAGGAGUGGUGUGCAAGUCUAAAGCAGGGUACAGAGCUGACAUGUGUUAAAGAUGAAGAGGUCCCUCGACUGGAAUGUGUUCCUAUUAAAGAGGAAUUCAUAGAACAGGAAUGUGUCCCCAUCAAAGAGGAAGUUCCUACUGAAAAUAAUGUCUGUACACUUGAGGAGAACAACAAGCUAGGAUCCAGCCUGUGUGAUGAUUGUCCAUCUGAAUGUGAACUGGGAUUUAAAGCUGCCAAAGGGAAUCACAAAGAAGAGAAACCUUAUCACUGCACUGAGUGUGGGAAGAGAUUUAAUCGUUUAUCACAUCUUAAAAUCCACCAGAUCAGCCACACAGGAGUGAAACCUCAUUGCUGCACUGAGUGUGGGAGGAGUUUCACGAGAUUAGGAAGUCUUCAGUCACACCAGCGCAUUCACACAGGAGACAAACCCUAUGACUGCCGUGAGUGUGGGAGGAGUUUCACUGUGUUACAAAAUCUUAAAAGACACCAGCGUGUUCACACAGGAGAGAAACCUUUUCACUGUACUGAGUGUGGGAAGAGAUUUAGUCGUUUAUCACAGCUUAAAGUCCACCAGCGCGUUCACACAGGAGAGAAACCUCAUCACUGCUCUGAGUGUGGGAAGAGUUUCAGGAGAUUAGGAAGUCUUCAAUCACACCAGCGUAUUCACACAGGAGAGAAACCUUAUCACUGCUUUGAGUGUGGGAGAAGUUUCACACUGUUACAAAAUCUUAAAAUCCACCAGCGUGUUCACACAAGAGAGAAACCUUAUCACUGCACGGAGUGUGGGAAGAGAUUCACACUGUUGAGAAAUCUUCAAUCACACCAGCGCAUUCACACAGGAGAGAAACCCUUUGACUGCGCUGAGUGUGGGAGGAGUUUUGCACGAUUAGGAACUCUUCAGUCACACCAGCGCAUUCACACAGGAGUUAAACCUUAUGACUGCACUGAGUGUGGGAAGAGUUUCACGGUGUUACAAAAUCUUAAAAGACACCAGCGCGUUCACACAGGAGAGAAGCCUUAUCACUGCACUGAGUGUGGGAGGAGAUUCACUCAUUUAAGUUCCUUGAAAGUCCACCAGCGGACUCACAAAAAGUGAAAUCUGCAGUUUGAAGAGUUUUUUUUAUCAAACCUUAAAAAAAGACACCAUCAAAUUCACAUGAAAGUCUUAUUCCUGCAAUGAAUGCGGGAAGUAGUUCAGUCAGUUACUGGGUCUUGAAGGGCACAACAGAAUUUCAGACAAUUGAGGACACCUAAACACCAACAGUACAUUCGACUAAAAUACAGAAAUAUUUAGUGAACACAAAAUAAUAAAAUUGCUUAAUAAAUUAGGUUACUCCUAAUUACUUCAGAUCAAAAACUUAUACUCACAGAUGGAAAAUAUGAAUUACCACAUCUUGUUUGGACCAGGGGCGCCGCCACCACAGGCACCUGGUGGGUCAUGACCCCUGCACUUUUCCUGGGGAGGGGGAGUAUAUAGUUUGGCCACUGACUCAUUGUGUGACCCUGAGCAAGUCACUUAACCUCCUUGUGCUCCGUCUUUCGGGUGAGACGUAGUUGUAAGUGACUCUGCAGCUGAUGCAUAGUUCACACACCCUAGUC